ACGGGGAACCCUUGCGAUCUCCUCAUCGAGAACGAAAACGAGGACCUUUCUCAGCUGAUCGCCGCGCAGCAGAAGAAGGUCGCUGCAAGUAAAACUCCCGGGGCUGCCGCAGCUCCGGCUGCGGCGAAACUCCCGUCGAAGCCUCUUCCGCCCGCGCAGGCCGUUAGGGAAUCGAGGAACAAUACGUUGAAUGUGCGCGAGGGAGCAGGUCGAGGUGGGACUGGGCGUGGUAGGGGUGGUCGUGGAGCUGGGAUCGGUCUUAGUAGAGAUAUUGGAAAUGCGAACAACAAUAGAUAUGGAAGUGGUGGCGGCGGUUAUCGUGGCGGCGCUGCUCCUGAAGAGGGUGAUACUGGGAGAUCAUCAGAAAGGGAACGAGGGAGCUAUGACCAGCCCCGUGGAGCCUUCCGUGGAGGCAGACGUGGUGGGUUUGUGGAUGGGAAUGCAGAAGGUGGAUCGGAUUCGGAUCGUACCCAACGAAGAGUUUAUGAGCGAAGAAGUGGGACUGGGCGUGGAGUUGAAAUGAAAAGAGAAGGUGCAGGGCGUGGAAACUGGGGUGCAGUGACUGAUGCACAGGUGAUUGAGGAAAGUCUGAACUUUGAUGAAAAGCCUGUUACGCUCCGGAGAAGCCUGUCAACCAUGAAGAUGGACAACGAGAUGCAAGCAAGGAUAAGGAGGAAGCAACGCGUGAAACAGAAGAAAAGGAACCAGCAGACAAUGCCAUAUCUAUAUUUACCUUCUUUGCAGCCUAAGGACAGCAACCAAAAACCUCUUGGAUUCAAUGACAACUGGCCAGGAGGAUUCAUCAAGGCUUCAGGCAGGAGACCUGCCGAAUUUAGGUUUGGUGAUUUUGGCUACCAGGAGAACUAUACAACUGUUAGAAGAGGUGAAGAUGAAGGAGAUCUCUGCAAUUGUGCUGCUCGAGUAAGCUGCUGUGGGGAAGCUGUUGUGGGAAAACUGGUUGACUGUUUGUUGCAGCUUUGUGAAAACAGCUGCGGGACAACUGUUUUUUUGGAAAAUCGACCGUUCUGCCCCUGCUCAGAAGCCGGGCCGCAUGUUGAUGUUCGUGUUCGGCUUACGGGAGAAAUCGCGGCCCGCUGCAAGGGCACCGCCGCCCUAAAAGAUAAAUUUCAGCGGCACUGCGCAGCCUUGCCGCUGCGCCAAACGCAGCCAGUGGCUGCGUUUGAAUUGUUAUAUCAUGCUGAGAUGACUCUGGAAGAAUAUGAGAAAGUAAGGGAGGAGAAAAGGAAAGCCUUGCUUACUCUUAAGGUUGAAGAAAGAAAAGUUGAGGUUGACAAGGACUUACAGUCGAUGCAGCAGCUCUCUAUCAAGAAAGCAAACAAUGACGUUUUUAUCAAACUGGGUUCUGACAAAGAGUCCAAGAAAAGAGACAAUACUGAAAAAGAGGAACGAAACAAGAAGGUAUGGAUUAACCAAAUGCAUUACUAUUCAUGUAAUAACUUUGUUUAGGGUGUGGCUUUUUCA